UGGUAGUGAUUAAUAGAAGUGAAGAUGAGUGACACAUUUAUGUCGGACAGUGAGGAAGAUGGAGGUGAUUUUUCAGUGAGUGAAGAUGAAUGGUUGCCAGAAAAAGCGGAUAGAAAGAACAAGUCUAGGCGGAGGGACUCUUCCGAUGGCGAUAGUGAUAAUUCUGACGAUUCUGAUGUAAUUUCUAUAAACAAAGGAAAAGAGAAAACUUUAGUCAGCAUCAAGAAUGGGCUCGCCAAUAGCAUCCCCAAUAACAAGAGACCGUUUAAACGUCCCGGACAAGCCACUGGCAUGGCUGGCGGAAGAAGAUCUGUAAAACGGUCACACCAAGAUUCGGACAGUAGUGGCGACGAACAUCUUGUCGAUCCGACCAAACUCGAUUUAAAUUCUAAAUUCUUUGACGCAAUAUCUUCCAAUCCUUUGGAGCGUACAAGCUCCUCCUCACAACAAGCUCCCACAUUUGACUGUAAUGCUGGUAUAGGGAAGCUUUCCGAUAGUUCGGAAGAUGAAAAUGAAGCUACACAGAACAAUGACAAGGAUGCUCGGGGCGUACGGAAGUUGAUAAAGAAAAUUAACGAAACAUCUCAGACCUAUGUCCAAUUCCAGGACUUUUCCAAAACUCUUGAAACGGCCAAGAAUCAGCUACAAAACGCUGCGAAAAAGCAACAACAAGAGUUGAUUGGUAUUUCCGGCAACACUUCAGACGUAUCACACCUGCUGGCUUUGGGUGAAAAGGGUACCGUUGCAGCAUCAUCAAAGAACUCUUCCGCAAAAGCAGCAAAAGGUAAAAAAGGUGCAAAAAAACAGGCAGAUUCGGACUCCGAUUGGGAGGAGGUCGAGGAGGGUACAUCCCAGCCCAGUACAUCUCGCACUGAGUCCGUUCAGAUCACUCUCAAGCCGGAGCUUGCGGCACAGAAGAAGAAGAGCAAAUGUACCGAAUUCGAUGUGGAAGCUUGCAUCAAGCGUAUGAUCAAUCGGGAGAAACGUGACGCACAGCUGGUGCUACACAAAAUGACAAUCAUCAUGGGUGUUGCGCAUGGUAAUUUUACCAACUCCGUACUGAAUUCUCCUGCUCUGUUAGCGAUCGGAAAUGCUCUCAUACCGUCGGAACGAUGCUACCCAAAGGGUCAGACAAAUGUUGAAUACUUGCGGCAGAUAAUGCAAUACUAUCGGGAAAUUGUGGACCUAAAGGACAGGCGGAUGUUUGUGAACAGUUGGAAGAAGCUUUCGUUGGAAAAAUCACUCCGUCUGCAGUUACUGUCACAGAUGGCCAACUGUAAGCGAGAUUACAUUUUGCUGUUUAUUAUACUGCUUCGCUCAAUUGGUGUGCAGUGUCGAAUGGUAACAUCGCUUCAGGUGGUGCCCAAGGUUUUGUCCAGCUCGGACCUGCUGAAGGUGGUGCCAGCUAAGGAGAAGUUAAAAGUGACAGCAGCUGCAAAGAAGAACGUAACAGAUGAUCAUAAUUACGGAAAAGAACAAAAGAAGAAAUCAAACUCACAUAAAAAACGGAAAGCUUCUCUGGUAGAAAUUCCUCAACUGGAUGGAGCCGAGGACAUUGCCAAACCCAGUAACAAGCGGUCUAAAAAAGGACGAGAAUCAGCAGCACAAGAGGCUUCUAAAGAAAUUGUUACAUCGGACAUUAUUUCUCCAAGAAAGACACGCAAGCAACGAUUAGAUCAAGAAAAAUCGAAAGAAAAGGGUGACAAAAAGUCUAUUGAAAAUAACGUAAACAAGCCUGUGGAGACCAAGAAAAGUACUCAGAAAUCCAAUUCCGAUAAAGGAAACAGUUCCAAGUCUAAGAACAGUGAAUCGUCCCAAAUGAUUCGACGAGACUACACACAGAAGAAGGAAGAAGUCAUUAUAAAACCACCGGCUAAACGUUCUCCAACGAAGAUCACCGCCUCAAGUACGCCAACAGCAUCUAACCAUAAAAAGAUUGUCAAGAUCGAAAGAUUUAAUCCCAAAACGAGAAAAUUGUUGAACAACCCAGUUCUUUCCACCGACGACGAAAGUGGUUCCAACAGUUCGUCUAAAAAAGUAAAUCUCUGGAUUGAAGCAUACGCCGAGGAGGAAAAACGUUGGGUACCGUUGGAUGUUACGCGUGGACUUUUGGACUGUGUCACCGAGCUUGUACAGCAGGCUUCCAGUCCAAUGCUUUACAUACUCGCGUGGAACAACGAUGGUUCGAUCAAGGACGUAUCUGCGCGGUACUGUGCGGAUUAUCUCACGGUAGCGAUAAAACAUCGAAUCAUGCAACAGUGGAUGGAUAAUCUGCUGUUUCCGUACAGUGGUGAUCGCCAAACAGUACGCGACAUUGCCGAAGAUCGUGAGCUAAACCGUAUCCUAGAGGAGCGCCCAUUACCGAGAACGGUUUCGGAAUACAAAAAUCAUCCAUAUUUUGCAUUGAAGCGGCAUCUGCUUAAGUUUGAAGCAAUCUAUCCACCGGAUGCACCAACGCUGGGUUUUACCUCCGGCAAGGAACCGGUAUAUGCUCGCGAGUGUGUUCACACGCUGCAUGCUCGCGAAGUUUGGUUGAAGCAAGCGCGAACGGUAAAAAUGUUCGAAACACCGUACAAAGUCGUUUCCGGUCGUCCGAAAUACGACAGAGCAUCCGGUCAAAUGUUACCUUCGCAGCCACUGGAACUAUUUGGCCACUGGCAGACCGAGGAAUACGAACCACCGACGGCUGAGGAUGGUAUUGUACCUCGGAAUGCGUACGGUAAUGUGGAGCUUUUCAAGCCAUGCAUGUUACCAAAGAAAACGGUUCAUUUGCAAUUGCCGGGUUUGAAUCGUAUCUGCAGAAAGCUCCGCAUCGACUGUGCUCAGGCAGUAACCGGAUUUGAUUUUCACGGUGGUAGCAGCCAUCCCGUAUACGACGGGUUCGUCGUUUGUGAAGAGUUCCGUGAUGUAGUAGUUGACGCUUGGCACCAGGAACAGGAGGCGGAAGAGCAGAGAGCGCGCGAAAAGUAUGAAAAGCGUGUGUAUGGUAACUGGAAAAAGUUAAUCAAGGGGCUGCUGAUACGCCGGAAGCUCCAGCAUAAGUACAACUUUGAUAAUCUCAACCAGUAG